AUGAUUAUGCCCACCAAACCUGUUGACGUAAAGAGGCACUAUCCUUCAGAUAUUCAGGAUUUGAUCACAAAAAGAAGUAAAGUCUUUGAGGACUUACCACCUGGGAGACCUCCUAAUAGGAGAUCUGAACACAUCAUUGAGUUGGAGGAAGGAGAAAAAUUGGUUAUUACCACUUCAUACUGGUAUCCUAAGAAGCAAAAAUAUGAGAUAGAGAAGGCCAUUAAGGAGCUCUUGGACAUGGGGUUUAUCCGUCCAAGUAAGAGCCCAUUUGCUUCAAUAGUGCUUUUAGUUAGGAAGAAAGAUGGGACAAUGCGCAUGUGCGUGGAUUACCAAUGUGAUGCAUCAAGAGAAGUAUUUGGUGUUGUUUUGAUGCAAGAGAAGCAUCCAAUAGCGUUUGAGAGAAGGAAGUUACGUGGAGCUGAGAAUUCUUACUCUAUCUAUGACAAGGAAAUGCUUGCAAUCAUGCAUGCAUUAGCCAAGUUCAGACAAUACUUGGUGGGGAGUAAAUUUGUUGCUAAAAUAGAUCAUAACAGUCUCAAACACUUUAUGCAUGAAAAAUAUUUGAAUGAGAGACAACAGAAGUGGGUAAGUAAGCUACAGGCUUAUGACUUUGACAUAUAA